UAAUGGACGACACACUUGAGGAGGAGAAUAAUAAUGCUUAUUUGUAUAUGGGACUAUGGCAAAAGAUUACAGUGACAAUAAGAAUCAUUGUAGAAUAUAUUUAUUCAGAUAUAAGAAAGAAACCAAGGUCAUUCAAGAUUGGGUUAUUUACAAUAUAUUUGGUUGUUAUGUUUUUAGCAUUGAUAUAGAGUGCCUUUUCUUUGAGUCCUUUAAUAUUUAUUUAAUUAGCAGAAACAACUGCUGGUGAUACUGAUUUAGUUUUCACUCCAAUACCAUCAGAGAAUAGAACAAAAUCAAAUACAGAUAUUGGACCAUAAAAUUCUAAUUUUUAAGCAUCAUAAAAUUUAUUAAAUGGAUUUAGUUUAGUAAAUUAAACAGAAAUAGUUAGAAUAACAAAAAAUAUAGAUGAAAUUUUUGAUACUACUCCAAGAUGGUUAAUGAUAGGAAAUUUGGAAAAUCCAAAAGAAAAUAUAUCUAAAAUAAGUGAUACAAUAAGAUCAUUCUUUUUAUUGAUUGAUAGUUAGAAAGAAAUAAGUAUAGGAUUAGGUAGGAGAUUAGAAACUGAUAUAAUUAAUAAUAAUGAAGUUCUUGUUACUUCUAGUGGAUUAAGAGGAUUAAAUGCUACAAUAGGAGAUAUUUUAAAUUUAAAUAUAGAUAUUAUUUAAUUUUUAUCUACAUAUGUGAUUACUGAAAAUAAUAAUAAUGAUCCAGAAAGUUUUAUAAUGGCAGCUUUUGAUACUUAUUUAAAUGGACCAUUAGAAUUAAUAUAUGGAUAAAAUUUUACUAAGUAAGAAUACACAGGUUUAGAAUUAAAAGUAUGGUCUACUUGGUUAAUUGUUUUUACAGAUUUUUUAGAUAAUAAUCCUGAUUAAAAAGAAUAAAUUAGAGAAAAUUUUAAAAAUUAAAUAAAUUAAGCAGGUGUUUCCAAUGAUUAAAAUGAAGUUUCUAAUACAAUUUUUGAUAUCCUUUUUGCUUAAGAAUUAGGAUAUUUUUCUAGAAUUUUAGGUGGUUUUAUUUAAUAAUUAGGAGAUAAUGAUAUUGUUUCUAUUUAUUUAGUUGAAUAAAUAAUGGCAGAAAUUAUUGCUGAUUCUUUAGAUUUUGAUAUUCAAUUAAAAGUGAAAGAAAGUAUAAAAUCUCCAAAAGGGAAAUGGGCAGAUGGUUUAGGUAAUAUAGUAGUGAUGGACUAUAGAAAUGCUACUAUAAUUUUAAGAGAAGCAUUUCUAAUAGCAUUAAAUAAUACAAUUGAAGAUUAUAAAAUUAAUAGUCCAACAAAUAGUGUUUAGGAAAUAGUUGCUUUUAAUAUUCCUGUAGAAGAUCUAUUCAAUUUUAUAAGAAAUUAUACAGAUAGUAUAAAAUUGGAGGAAUAUACAUUAACUAGUAAUUUAUUAGUUAAGGAUAGAGUAACAAAAUACACGAGUAAAGAUAACAUAGAUAAUUUUGUAUUGGAUGUUUCAAAUUAAUUUUUUGAUUAAGUUGGAUAUGAUUUUCCAGUUAAGAUUACUGUUCCAUUGGCAACUGCAAUUAAAUAGUAUUUGCUUUUAGGAAAUUUUGUUGAUAAUUUAGUAGUAUCAGCUACAUUUUUAUUGUUGAUGUUAUCAGUAUUAUUAAUAUAUUCAUUAAUGAUUGGAGAUGUGGAAGAAAAGACUUAUGAAUUUGGAAUGUUAAGAGCAUUAGGAUUUUAGAAAUGGUGGUUAAUAAUACUAUUAUUAUUACAAGCAUUUACAUUUGCAAUACCAGGUUUAAUUUUAGGAUUAAUAACAUGUUAUAUAUUAAAUUCUUUAAUAUCAAUGUUCAUAUUUGACUCAGCUGUUUUAAUGUCAUCAUAUGAUAUAGCAAAGUCAGCAAUAGGUUUAUCAAUUGGUUUAGGAUUAUUUAUUCCUUUGGCAAGCAAUAUCUUACCAAUUGUUAGAGCAUUAUCAAAAACACUAAGAGAUUCUUUAGAUUUAUAUCAUAGAACAAUUAAUGAUAUUUUGGUCAAUGUAAUAAAAUUAGAGAAGAUGGGAAUUUCUAUUGAUUAGUUUUUCACAGCUGCCCUUUUAGUAAUAAUGGGUUUUGUGAGUUAUUAUUUAAUACCAAUGGCAUUUAUAUUUAGUAAUAUCUAAUUAGCUCUUGCAGUCAUAAAUAUUAUAUUAAUUGUGAUGAUAAUAGGUUUUACAUUAUUAGCAAAUAUAUUGGAAGAACCAUUUGAGAAAGCUAUUUUAAAAUUAAUAUUAUGUAUUUUUAAGAAGGAUAGGAAUUUAGAGAAAAUAAUCUUCAAAAAUUUAGAAGCACAUUAUAGUAGAAAUUGGAAAACUACAUUAAUGUAUACAAUAGCAUUAGCAUUUUUAAUAUUUGCAGGAGCAGGAUUUGCAUUAUAAACAAGUGUUAUAACAGAUGUAUUAUAAUCUUUUUUAGGAGCUGAUAUAAGUAUUUAAGCCUUAUAAUCUGAUAAGAGAGGAUUAGAUGAAUAUAAUUUAAGAAUGUUUUUAAAUAAAACAAUGAAUGAAGAUCCUACUUUUCUAUAUGAUUAUUCAUUUACUACUUUAAUGUUAUCUUAGAUUCCUGAGAUGCCGAAUAGUCAUUUUAUAUCAACUUUAGCAAAGUUUCCUUUUAAGAAGAUAUUUUUAGGAGGAGUUGAAGAGAAUUAUCUUAGAUCAUGUUUAGAAGCAUUUUAUAUACCAAAUAGUUAUGAUUAAAACAUAAAGUAUGGAACUUUGAUUGACGGAGCAAUUGACGGAGUAUCUGGAAUAUAUGAUAGAUCAGAUGUUUAGGAUAGAGAAGCAUUUUAUGAUCCAUAUUCUUUAGUAGGAUCACAAUUGAUUAGAAAACAAUGGUAUAAAGAUUUAAGUUAUGAAAAACCAAAUUUAUAGUAUUUAUUUUAUUGAUUAUUAUAGUUCUACUAUUGAUAGAGAAAUAAACAUUGUUGUUCCUUAAGGAUAUAUUUAUGAAGCUGGUAUAAAUGUGGAUACUCCUUCCAUUUUAUAUGUAGAUAGAAGAUUAUAUAGAACUAAUGUAAGACAUAUGGCAACUAAAGUUCCAGGUUAUUUCUUUUCAAGUUAUAGAUCAUUAGUUGGAAAUGGAUUAAUUAGUAUGGAGGAUGCUUUAUAUAUUGUUAAUGAUUUUUUCUAGUAACUAUUUUAUAUCAUAUUCUUAGAGGUGAUAUUCGAUAAGGCAAUCUAUCAAAUUAGAGAGCUAAUUUAUAUUUUUAAUCUUUACCUAAAAAUCUAACUUAUGGUUUACCUAAAGACAAUUUAUAAAUUAGAUUUGCCAGAUAAACUACUGAAUAAGAAAGAGUAGAUUUCUGUAAUGCACUUAGAAAUUAUUUCUUAAAUGAAUAAACACUCUUAUUUGAUGUAAUUACUUUGAAGAAAGAAGCAGAAGAUACUUUCUAUUUUAUUACUAUAUUUUAUGUUUUAGUAGCCAUAGUAGCUAUGACAUUGUCAUUCUUUUUAAUAUUAGUUUCUUUUGUUAGUAAUGUUAAAGAUAAUUCAUGGGAAUUUGGUGUAUUAAGAGCUGUUGGUUUAAAUAAAGUAUUUUUAUUAUAAUAAUUAUAAUAGUAAUAAAUCACUAGAGUCUAUAUAUAUGAAGCAAUUUCAUUAAUUACAGCAUCAGGAUUGAUUGGUACUAUAGUUGGUUUAGUUGUUGCUAUUACUUUAACUCUUUAAAUUCUAAUGUUUACUGAGUUUUCCUUUAAAUUCAUAUUCCCAACUGAGAUAUUCUUGAUUACUUUUCUUGGUGGAUUUAUCACUGCUACUGGUGCAAGUUAUUUAGCAGUCUUAGAAAUUAGAGACAAAAGCAUUUCAACUAUACUUAAAGGGUUGUAAUGA